CAAUUGACAAUUAAAAUUUUAGUUUCUACUUUGGUUUCUACCCAACGUCAGAUUUUUCUAAAGUUGUGUUGACACGAAAAAUAUAGAAUAGGGGCGUAUUUUAAGUUUUUUCAGUGACUAUAUUACAACCUAAUACAUAACAUAGGAAAGCUGAUAAUUAAUUGACUAUCAAGAUGAUGAACCAGUACAUAAAAGAACUAGAACAGGAUCCGUUUGAUCCUGACGAAUUUGUAGAGAGAAUGGUCAGGAGAAGUAUGCAGGAGUCACGACUAAAAGACGACCAGUUUGAUCCUGAAAUUAUACAUGAUAUUUUCACUCAAGCUAUACAAGAUUUAAAGGUUCUCCAAGAAAGACAGGAAAGAAAAUGUGCUAGAUUACAGCAGGCUGUUCAAGAAGAAGAAAAAUUGUAUGGCACUAAGUUGGCUGAAAUUAUGGAUCAGCACAUGCAUUGUGUCGGAGUGUUUAGCUCUCUGGACGAGCGGAUGUCACGAUGUGGUGGGCGCGCAUUGGAUGUGGGCGAAAAACUUGGCGCGGCACGGGCGCCUAGAGCGAGGGCGGCUGCUGCGCGCGAUCUGCUUUCACAUCUUGCUCAUUUCUUCAGUCCCGGUCCUGUACUUGCUGAUGUCUUCAGUGAUCCAAAUAAGUUGAAUGAGGCGGCUGAUGUCAUACAAAAACUACAUACAAUCGCCCAAGAAUUGCCCCCAGAUAAAUUUGAAGCUGCCAAAAAGAAGAUAGAGGCUAAAUAUGACGAAAUUGAGAGAAAUCUGAUAGAAGAGUUUGUGAAAGCUCAGAAUCAAGGCAACAUGGGCAAGAUGAAGGAGAUUGCGAACAUAAUGACUAAUUUCAAAGGAUAUUCCCAAUGUGUUGAUGCAUUUAUUGAGACAAGUCAGAUGAACACACUUUUAGGCAAAGAUAUAUUCCAUGCUGUUCUGCCUCUCUGUAAGAAAAAUUAUACAAUCAUAAGUAAUGUGUUCCCAAAUCCUGAACAAGUUAUGAGUAAGUUUGUGCUCAAUAUCUUCCAUUUGAAGCUGCAGAAGUACAUACAAACAAAGCUUGCUGACAAGAAUGAUGUUGAGAAAUAUCUGAAAAACCUGUAUGAGAUGUACACUAGUACCCAACGAGUAUGUGACGAGCUAGUCGCGGCAGGUUUAGUGUCCGCGGAUGGUAACACCACUACGGGCGACUUACGGCGCGAGGCGUUGGUCAACGGAGCUAUGGCGGGCGCUAACGAUGGGUACGCAGCCUUGGAGACGCGACGGCUCAAGGCGAUAUUGUCGAACGCUCUCAACGGUUACUAUGCUGAAAAACAACAUGUUAAGAAGCAAAUACAGGGUGGCGGAUUCCAAGAAUUGCGCCGCGAUCUACAAGCUGUGAUUGGUACCCGCGCGAACAUCAACAUCGCGCAAAUAGAAAACUACGGCGGCGAGACGUUCCUCAGCGAGCAACUCAUUCAGAGGAUGUUGAAUGAAGCUAAAACGUCAUUUGUUAGAUGUAAAACUCUUUGCACCCAAAACGAGCUGACUGGUACUACGAUAGCGCUGCUGGAUGUUUUGAUACAACACUUGUUGAUCGAGCACGUGGACUACGCGCUGGACCUUGGCCUGCAGUCGAUCCCCAUCGCUGAAAGCAAAUCACCACCUCAGAUAUAUUUCUUCGAUACUGCCAAACAAGCGAAUCGUAUUGUCAGAAUGUUUGACGAACACUUCCAAGAAGCUAUAUUGCCAUGCUUGAGCACGGCAUCGAAACAAACGGAAUGCGUUCAGAAAAAGAACCACGUGAUGGAACAAUUGGAGAGUAAGCUCGACGCGGGCCUCGAACGAGCCAUAGCGGCCAUCGUGAGCUGGGUCAAGCUACACCUGCAGACUGAACAGAAGAAGACUGACUUUAAGCCUGAAGGGGACAUCGAUACUAUUGCUUCGCCUGCAUGUUCAGCGGUAGUGUCCUAUCUGAACUCAAUAAUGGAGAAGAUUCAUACUGGGUUGGAGGGAGACAACCUGCACUCGGUCACAUUAGAGUUGGCCGUGAGACUGCACAGGGUCAUCUAUGAACACCUGCACAACUUCCAGUUUAACUCUGCAGGCGCCAUGAUCGCGAUCUGCGACGUGAAGGAGUACCGCUCGGCGGUGUGCGGCCGCUCGGCGCGCGCCGCGCCGCCGCCCGCGCCCGCGCUGUUCGACGCACUGCACGCGCUCUGCAACCUGCUGCUCGUCAAGCCCGAGAACCUGCACCAGGUCUGCGAGGGCGAGACGCUCGCGGAGCUGGAUCAUUCGAUUCUUCACAGCUUCAUACAACUACGAGCGGACUACAAGAGUCACAAACUCUCCUCUUUCCUCAAAGGACUGUCGUAACAAAUCGUAUUGUGGAGCACCCGUGUAUUAUUUAUUGGUUCUGUUUAUCAAUAUGAUAUAGUUUGUUUGUUAACUAGAUAUAUUCCUUUAUUAUUAUAUCAAGUGUUUAAAAGUUAUUAAAAUAUAUUUUACACUGAAAA